UUAUGCCAAGCGAUCAUGCUGAUUGUGGACAUGUUGACGCUGGCAUUGGCAAAUGAGCCGAUAUGCGGCGGUGGCAAAAUGAGAACCGGUGGCAAGGAUAAUCAGGCAGCAGUGGCAGCAGCAGCAGCAGUGGCAGCAGCAUCUAUGGCCAAUACAUCUGGUGGUGGACUAGGCCCAAAUUGCGGGCUUUCUGGCCACUUGGCAUGCGAGGCACGCAACUCACGCGACAAUGUUGCUGCCGUGCAUGACGAGCUGCGUCAGCAGUGCCACUCGGCGAUAGUUGCGGUGGAGGCGCGUGCGCCUGCUGAAUACACUGGCAACAACAAGGGCGACAGCAACAACAAUAGCAGCAACAAGAGCGACAACAAUAGCAGCAACAACAGCAGCAACAAUAGCUGCAACAUCGACAACUCUGGCGACAACACAGCAACGGAAGUGGCCACGAAAUGUGAGUACGCGCAACUCGAGCAUGAGAGGCAGAGCGUGAGCGCAGGCGCAUACCUGCAACCACCCAAUGUGACAGUAGGCAGCAGCAGCAGCAACAACAACAGCAGCAGCAACAACAGCAGCAACAGCAGCAACAGCAGCAACAACAACAGCAAGAGGGGGAGCAGCGCCUGCUCAAUACCUACAAUUGGCAGUGAGCUUUUCAAAGCCAACCUUGUGGCAGCAGCAGCAGCAGCAGCAGUCGUCGCAGCUGAGCAGCAGAGGCAGCAGCUACACAAGUCAGCAAGCAGCAGCAGCAGUAGCAGCAGCCAAACGUCAACGAAUUCUGGCCAAAAGCUGUGCAAAUUGAUUGAGUCCAGUGAAAAAUCAGUGGAAAUCAAUUGCCCCAGUCCUUGUGGCACACGCAACGUGCCUGAAAGUGGCCCAAAGUCCAGGGAAAAGUCGUCGCAAAGCGUUGGCCAAACUGGCGACAAUAUUGGCAGCCACAACGACGACGACAACGACACCAACAACGACAACGACAACAACCACGACCACGACGACGACGACGACGCGCGACGUACAGAAAAAUUUGUGCAAAAAAUCAGGCAAAGCGCGUUGCCUGCUCGCGGGCCACAUCAUUUUUUUUAUCCCAGUGAAAGUGUUGAAUUAGAUGCAGCCGCACUAGCAGCAGCAUCACUAGUAACAGUAGCAACAGCAGCAGCAGCACCAGCCUUAAGCUCCAAAAAGGAGCAGCAGCAGGAGGAGCAGCAGGAGGCGGGGCAGGCGCCAUUGUCAUUGCCAUAUUCACAGCCACCUCCUUGCCCCCAAGACACCCAGCAAGCUCAGCAAGCCCACGAGCCACCAGCCAGCAGCAACUCAUCCUUGACUGGAUGUGGUGGCGUUGAUAAUGUCGCUGGCAUUGCUGCUGUCCGCCCACAAAAAAGUUCCUGGCCUCUGGAUUACGUGAGGAGCAGCAUCCCAGAUACAGCAGCAACAUGCAAUGACAACGGCAAACAGUCAAAGCCCAGCGAUUUAAGUGCAACAUCCGAGGAGAAGCUCAUCGAUUGCGAAUCCUUGGUGGGCAAUACAGUACCACCAGCAGCAGGAGUAGGAGCAGGUGCAGCAGCAGUAGAAACAGGAGCAACUGCAGUAGCAGCAACAGUAGCAACAAGCUGUAUUGAGCAGGAUCUCAUCGAUUUUGAGCACGAUUUGGGCGAGGAUUUUGUGGCCAGUCAGCGCUUAAAGCGACUGCAGUACAAUUUUCAGGGACGCGUGGCCAGUAGUAGUAACAUUGAUUGUGUAAAGGCAUCCUUGAGACCACAACAACAACAGCAGCAGCAGCAGCAGCAGCAGCAGCAGGAGCAGGAGCAACAAACAAUAAGCAUAACAAAGAAACUACCCCCAGAUACCGAUAGCGAUACCAGCCAACAAUCCCAACCCCAACCACCCCAAUCCCAGCACCAACACCAAACCCAACACCAAACCCAAUCCACUCAAGGCGUAGACAAUAAGGCGAUUGCAGCAAUUAUCGCGGACCCAAGUGCAAUUCAAUUAAAUGUGGAUGGCAUUCUACCAGCGCAUCUACCAUUGCCAAAUGAAAGCGAAACAAUCGCGAGCGACAGACAAACAGCUGAAAAAGCCAAGGAGCAACAUUACGUGCUGAAUACGCACUCCGAGUGGCCAGUGCGCAGGAUCGAGAAGGCGGAGACGAAGGCGGAGAACCACUACCAGGACCAAGUGGUGAUUGAAAUCGAAACGGAUUGCGAGGAGCACUUGCACGCUUCGUCCACGGAGGAUUGCCUGAGGCGCUCUGCCUUUGUGCCAGCACAGCCGAGUUGCAAGGAGGCCGGUGAUUUUGGCACAUCGCUGAGCGAGUUCGAUGUGCAGCGGUUUAGCGAGUAUCUGAAGGCCGCCCGCCAAUUGCAGUGGCAACAUCUGAAUUCCAACCGGAACCGGAAACAGCCGGAUAUCGGUAUCGGUGGCACCAACAGUAGUUUCCAGUGCUACGACGAACUGCUGGCCGAGUUCGUUAGCGAGCAGCAACAGGAAUACUUACUAUACGAAACCUAUUCCGAUUGCGAUACAAAUUCCAAUUCCAAUUCCGAUUCCAAUUCGAAUACGAAUUGCGAUAGCCAGGAAGAGUUUGAUUGCGAAAGAGCCUGCCAGUGCCAUGAGUGCCUAGCCAGCCGGGAUCAGAACACGUCCACUUGCGCCAGAGGCAUCGUUAGCGUUACAGCAGCCCAUUCAGAUCCUGAUCGCCUGGAUCCUGAUCAUCGAAUCCCACAACCCACCCACCUGACCAGCGGCCACAAGAUGCGCGAGGUCAAUGGUCAGUUGCGCGGCCUGCUCAAGAAGCCAAAUCGACCGCCACCGGCCCGCAAGAAUCGCGUCGUCUUCGAUGAGACGCGCAACGAGUUCUUCGAGGCCGACUACAUAAUCCUUAUCCGCGAGGAUUGCGCCUACGACGAGGAGGACGAGGAGCCAUGCACCUGCGGCGAACACGAGCUGGUGCGUCUCUGCUGCGAGGAGGGCUGCCAGUGCAACUAUGCCGUCAAUCCUGCCGAGGCGGGCGAGGGCAGGACGCCACAGAGUCCCAAAUAUCAGCCACCAAUUGAGUUCGUCGACGAUGCGGCACUCAGUCCGCCCGACGGCUACAAGGACAGCAGUCUGAAGAACACGCUCGGCGGCGCCCUCAGCGGUCACAUCUUCGGGGCGCAGCACCUGCAGCAGCUGCAGGUCAUCCAGCGGCUGCAGCAGCAGCGUGCCGCAAUGCUGGCCGCCCGCAACACCACAGGCGGUCAGAUACCGCCCCCACCCCCGCCCGUUGGCACUGCUCAGCAGCAGCAGCAGCAGCAACAACAGCAGCAGCAACAGCAGCAGCAGCAGCAACAGCAGCAGCAACAGCAGCAGCAGCAGCAACAGUCGCAUCAGCAACCGCAUCAUGGAGCCAUGCAGCAGCAGCAGUCGGAGGAGGACCUCCAGGGCGUUUGCACCGAGUGUGCGGAGUGCGCCGAAUGUGCGGCCAAGCAGCUCCAGGAAGCAGAAUGCAGCUCCCCGCAGUGUCCGGAGGAGAUGAGCCCACUGGGAGUGCCGGCUGUGGCCAUUCUGCCGCUGCACACCAGUUCCCCGGAGCGCCGGAUCACCCAGAAGGAGAUCAUCGCCGGCGAGGAGCGGCCCAAAUACGUGCUGCAAUCGCAGUACAAGCCAUCGCCCACUGGAGUGGUGAAAGCUAGAAAGGAUUCGGGGAGUAGCAAGGCCAGUUCCGGAUCCAUCUCCGGCUCCGGUUCCAGUUCCACCUAUGGGACAGCCACCCAAGUCCCGGUCCCCGUUCCAGUUCCAGUUCCAGUGGCAGCUACGGCCAUCAGUAGCCAUCAGUCCUCGAAAAAUAAGCGAUUUGUUGUUGAAACCAUUACCACUAUGACCACAGUGACCGAGCGUCGGAUCAUCCGCGAGGCGCACGAGGAUGUGGCAACCGCUGGAUCCACACCUGCACCUGGUACCGCCGCUCCUCCAAUGGUUGCAGCUGCGUCCGCUGGUGGAGCCGAUACAUUGCCACCCGCCUUGCCGGCCAAGGCGAGUGCAACAGCAGCAGCUGCGGCAGCAGCAGCAGCAGCGGCAUCUGCAUCCACAUCCGCAACAGUAUCCGCAUCAGCAUCCGCAUCCGCAUCGGCAUCCGCAUCGGAACAGCAACAGUUCGAGGCGCAGAAACCACCACCCAUACCGCCCAAGGAGACCUCACCCACGCAGAUCAGCGGCAUCCUCAAGGGCGGCAAACUAUGGAAGCAGGACUCGAUCUCACAGCAGCAGUCGGAUGAUCAGAACAAUACCACGUCGGAGGACGAGAGUGGUGGCACCAAGCGUUCGGUGAGGUUCGUGACCGAGGAUCAGGCGAAUGCCGGCACCGAUAGCGAUGCCCAAUCCCUGGCCGGUGAUCUGGAUGAUAGUGAAAACCAGAUCAACGAACUGAUCCCGAUCAAGAAGCACUCGACGCUCUUCAACAACGCCCUGCGUCCCAAUUCGGCGGUGCGCCAACUCUUCCCGAGCGUCUCAGCCCAUCAGGCACCGGUGCUCACCUCGGAGGCACUCCGCGCCUUCGACGAGUCCAAACGGGCUGGCUGCCUGGUCACCCACCUGCCAGGCAGCUGUGGCGACUCCGACACCUUGCGCAGGAGCAUGGAGCGCAAUAUACUGCGACGCUCGCUGAUUAAAAAAAAGGCUGUCAAAUCGGACAUUUCGCUGGAGGAGCGCAUCAAGCAGCUAACCUGCGACAUCGACGAAGAUCUGGUCGAGGAACUGCAGCGAGCUGUGGACGAGGAUGCCGAAUCUGUGGCCGAACGUGCCGAUGAGUUGGCCCAGCGCAACAGUCCCGCCGGCGAGGAGAAUCCCAAUCCGGUGCCUGGUUCUGGGCAAGCCCACAAGUUCGUCAAUGGCGAGAAGAGCUUCUCGCCGAGCAGCUCCGUGUCCAGCUCCUCGAGCGGUUCAUCGGCCUACAAGAAGAUCGCUGACAUCUUCAACCGCGACAAGAAGCAGGAGAAGAUCAUGGAGAUGGAGGAGAAUCCCAUAGUCAUCAUACCACAGGAAUGCCGUUGUCCCGCUGCUCCGGACUUGGGCAUGGGCAUCCAGGUGCCGGUGGUGCAUACGCAGAUCCAUCGCACUCCGCCCCGCCAAACGGAGCCGAAGCGUCAGUUCCUCUCCUCCACGUUGGCCCCCCUGACCGCCUGUGUGGCUGGUAACAAGGACGACCUAUCCUCCUACUACACAUUGGCCGCUGCAGCUGCCGCUCAUCCGCAUGCUCAUGGCCACGCCCACACGCAUGCGCAUGCCGCCCACUAUGCCGCCGCCGCUGCGGCAGCUGACUUCAAUAUGGGGCAGCUACUGGGAGCGGCUGCAGCCGCUGCCGCUUCUGGAGAUCCGGCUGCACAGCAUGCGGCUGCCAUGGCGGCGCAGGGAUUGGCCCAGGGAUUGGCUGCCGCUGGUGGAGGAGUGGGUGCAGGAGGACUCGGUGCUGGUGAGGAUGCUCGCAAGGUGGCGCCCGAUGUAAUUGCCGGAACACCGGGUCAGGAGGCCGCUGGGCGGCAGGAGCAGGACGAACUGGCCGCCUUUGCCCAGGCGGACGCCAAGCGGACGGAGCAGCUCAAGAAGCGGUACACUGGAGCGGGCUCCGAGCCCAGUCAAUCGCAGGCCAGCAGCGACGAUGACGAGCAGAAUGACUAUGGGUUCAACAAGCGUCCAUCGGUGCGCGGCAUCAAGCCCAAGUUCAGUUCGACCAACGAGAUCCUGGCCCAGAUGCAGGAGCAGCUGAGUGCGGCCAUACCCACGGUGGUCAAUAGCCAGCCGGUGCAGCAUGCGGUCAAGGGUUAUGCCAUGCCCAAUACGCUCAAGCAGAAUCCCUCGCCGCAGAAUGUGCCACAGAACUUACAGCAGCAGCAGCAGCAGCAGCAGCAGCAGCAGCAACAACAGCAGCAGCAACAGCAACAGCAGCAGCAACAGCAGCAGCAGGCGGUGCAUCAGCAACAUCAGCAGCAGUUGCAGCAACAAAUGGCCGCCGCACUGCAGAAAACGGAGCAGCGAACGUGGAGCUUUUACAGCGAGACCGGGGAGCAGCAGCGCUUCCCCAUGGAUGCGGCUGCCAUACAGCAGACCUACUACCAGACCCUGCCCGCCGGCACCAUGUUCCGCCAGACGAUGAUCCAGCAGGGCGCCACGUCCGGCGUCGGCGGUGCCGAUGAUGCAUCACUGCUGUACGCCGCCGCAGCUGCGGCCCAAAAUUGCCAGAGUGUCACUGCGACGGCAACGGCCACCGCCACGGCCAUCGAGCAGAGCAAGCACAGCAGCUACAGCAGCCACUUCGCCAGGAGCCCCACACGGCGGCCGGAGUCGCCUCCUCCGCUGCGCAACUACCACCAGACCAUGGUACUCAUUCCGUACAACGCGGAGACCUACUCCCAGUUUGCCGCCAGCAGCAGCGGCGAUCCCAAGCUGGCGCACAUCCAGCGCCAGAACAUCCUCGAGUACCAGCAGGUAACCCAGCAGACGAUUCGUGUGCCCAUCGGUUAUGCCCUGCCCGGCAUGCAGUUGCAUGUGGUGAGUGGGCGUGGCCAUGCCGCCCACUACGCCCAGCACCAGCAGCAGCACCAGCAACAGCAGCAGCAGCAGCAGCAACAACAGCAACAGCAGCAGCAGCGCCUGAUGCAGGGACACUAUCAAUUUGGACCGGAUGGCGGAAUGCCAGGAUUCAGCGAGCGCGGAGUGCCCGAAGGAGCGGCCGCCGUGUCGCACAGCGAUUGCAAUGCCAUGGUAUCGCCCACUUCGGCCGCAGCAGCGGUACAGCAGCAGCAGCAGCAACAACAGCAGCAGCAGCAGCAGCUACAGCAGCAGCAACAGCAGCAGCAGCAACAGCAACAACAACAGGUUGUGGGAGGAGUGGGCGUGGGCGCCCAGGCUCAGGGAUCCGUGUACUAUGCGAUGAACGUAUGACCCGCGCUCGAAUAGUCGCUGCCAGCGGCGGUCAUUGUCGAGCGCCGCCAGUGUCAACUAGUUGAAAUGUCAGCGACUUCAGUGCAUUUGGGUAGCAGCGGCGGCAUGGGCGGCAGAUGAGCGUCCGCCCCGCGGUAUUCCAAAUUCGAAACCGAGUCCGUGAUUGAGUCCUCGAGUUCCCAUCAGGUACCAUCCGCUGAUUUCAGUUGCCCCUCAGUUGACCCUAGCGAGCGUUUUUGAAUCAGUUCGAUCUUCCGUUUAGCCAGUGUAUCUGUAUCUGUAUUUGAAUCUAUAUCUGUAAGCGUAACCGUAUCUGUUUUUGCGUCAGUAUGAUUAUCAUUAGCUGUAUCCGUAUCCGUAUCCGUAUCCGUGUUGUCAGUAUCUUUGUGUCUGUGGACGUGUGUGUCACAAAUACUCAAGUACGGCUUGCCACUAAGAACCUUCAAAGCUUUGAAAUCACCACAAUUUCUUCGAUUAAUGCAAGAACAAGACACUUUAGACAUUUUUGUUGUGAUUUGAAAGCUCUUGAGGCCCACGAUUAUAUUAGAAUUUACAGUAUAAACAUCCAAAGUUGGUGGUAAACGAUGCAGCGGCAGCAAAAUAAUUUUGAUACUAUGUGCAGCAUGGAAACUGAAACGGCGGUCGCAUCGUUUACAACCAGCUUCACCAACGAGAUCCAAAGUGAAUCACUCCACGUUAUGAUGCAAUGCUCCAAAAAGUAAAGUUUAAGUUCAGCCUUGUCGUCGAGGAUUUUAUUAAAUAGGUAUUAAUAUUUAGUCGAGUGUAGUGAAGAAAGGAUGCAAGUCUAAACCAAAACACAACCAAAUCACAUGAAUUUAUUUCGAGCAUGUACAUGCUGGGUGCUAGUAAUGCAAAAAACCACAAAAACAACACAACCAAACCAAGAAAGAGUUAAUUAAGCUAUACAGAUUAUAUUUAACAAAGUUAAACCUAAAACAGAGAUAUCUAAUAACAUUAUUUUUAAUUAUAUAUUUUUUUUUUUGCUGCUAGCCAAGGAAACCGAGUUUUGCUCAAUGAAAAGUGCAUUUGAUUUUAAGCGCAUCUAUAUGAAAAGAGAAACAUACAUUAUUAUAUAUCGACAUAUGCGAAUGCUUAACUAAAUUAUACAUAAUUAAUUAUAUUUAAUUCAAUUGAUAUUGAUAAAGUAUUUUCAAUGUAGUGCAAUUUGUUGCUAACUCCAAAAGCUCUCUUAGCAAAGAGUAUUAUAUUAAAACAAAGAUAUAUAUAUUUUAUGAGUAUCGAAAUUAUAGGACUAUUUUUAGGCUUAGGCUUUAUUUAUAAACAAUUUAGUUUUAAUUACUUUUUUUUUGUCUUCUUUAUGUAUAAUAAAUUAAUAGAAAUGUUCACAAAUUUUUCGUUUCCUACGCUUAAGAAAUGUACGGCCAUGUUGAAACUUGGUACAUGUAAAAUCUAUAGGCGAACACAUCUAUGUGUACUUAUGCUUUGUAUGCUACAGUUUGUUUGGGUUUCAUUUGUAGAUCGAUCAGCCUGCAUCGCAUUCCACAUCUUCCACAUUCCACACCCAAAGAGAUGUGUGUGUUAAGAGCCUGGGAGAUUUCAAGACAAUGACGCCUAUCAUUAAGUUUUAAAGCAUACUUUCAAGCAGUUGAAGCAACAAUUUGUAUUGAAAUCUGCAGGUGAGAGCACGCUUCUCCGAUCGACUUUCUCCCAAAGUGAGAGCAUCAGUGCCAAAAGCUUCCAUCCCAGACCUCUCUCAAUCAUUCCAUUACUUCCAGUCAUCUCACCUAUGUAGUUGAUAGGGUUACCAUUUGAAUCAAUCAUAUGAAAAAUGUUAGAAGUUACCACACAAAGUCAUGUUGAGCCGGUGGAGAAAUCGUAUCUCUUUGCAAACAUAAGUCUACACAGUGAAACAUACGCAUAGAUGUAAGUGCAUUUGUGCAUGCACACCGCAUACGAAACAUUAAGAUGAUAUACAGACAUACAAACAAUACAUACAUACAUAUAUAAAAUAUGCAUAAUGUAUUUCGAUUCAGAUAUUGUGUUAAUGUCUAUAACGAACAUAUUGAAAACUAUUGAAAGCAAACACGAAUUAAGAGUGCAAUAAUGUUAAAGUGAAAUUACCGCCUGACCGGAAACGGAAGACGAAUAGGAUGGAAAAGGACAACGCAAUUCCGUGAGAGCGCGAGCGAGCGAGCGAGAUAGAUAGUUGGUCGGCCAGUUAGACAGAGAUGGCGAGAGCCGAAAGAGAAAGGAGAUAGCGCGCAUAACGAAACAGUUUAGUCAUAGAUUUAAACACACUGACAUUUACAGAGCGAUUAACGAUUAACGAUUAACUAUAAACGAUAACUAAAGCGCGGUCUUAGGUGUUCGAUAUUCAAGUUUUUUUUUUUUUUUUUUUCAUUCUUCGGUUUCUAUUUUCGUUGCACUUUUUCGCGGUUCCACUGAGAGAUUCCGAAAAUAGAAAUUGACUAGAAAACGCAGCGCGAUUUGCAUAUUAUAUAAAUACAGUUAGAGCCAGAUAGCGAGCGAGAGUAAAGCGAUAAAUUAUAAAUAAAUAUAUAUGUAUAUAUAUACAUACAGGCAUACAUAUAUAUAUAUAUACAUGGAUAUAUACUAGAUGUUUAUGUAAUACAUAAAUGGCAUUGAACGAAUUCCAAGCACAUUGCAAAAAUCCCAAAUCAAAAAAUCGCAUGAAAUUGCCCCGUACCUUUUGUGUUUCACUCCCAGAUGAUGUAACUCAAUUUUUUUAUGCAAAAGUAGUUGAAAAUUAUAUAAUGAAAACUGAUAAAAAAAUAUAUAUUUAGACACACAUCGACAGUAUCCUAUUCGAAUGAUUUCUUUGAGAACUUGAUUGGCGAUUUUGGAUAUGCAGCAAGAAAAGCAAAACAAACAACAGGAAAUGUGUAAGAAAUAGUAUAAAUAAGUUCGGAUAUUAAUGCCCCGACAUUACGCUAUAUGUAUGUGGGGCAAACAACAACAAAUCCAAUAAAAACAAAGUAAUUAACAACAAAAAUAAACGGAUGAAUUAUGUAAGCGAUGGAUCGAAGUAAGAAUUGAUGCGAACGGCACAAGUAUAUAACAAAUUUCAACAAGUAUAUGACUGAGCCAAUGACUCAAAAAUACAUUUUAAAUAAAAAGGAAAACCAGAAA